GUUUGUCGUGAUGGUUGUCAUUUGAAUUGCAGUCAGUUCGUACAUUGUUGUGUAUUAAGCGAGGCAAAGUACCAUCCUAGAACCAGACUUUAGCUAGUUUCACGUAUUUAUUGAAGUUUUUAGUUUAUUUAUGUUUUUAAAGGGAACGAGUACUAGCGCAUCGAUGUCCCGAAAAGCAACGUUGUGAAAAAAAGCUGAGAAUGAAGUGUCUGAAGGUGGAAGAUUAUAUCAGGCGCACAGCUUGUCCGGAUGAAACGCGUAUUCUCUGCCGUGAACUUGAGAGCUUUGUGAAGAAUGGGCUGGGAGCGGCGGGCCGGACGGUGUGUGACCGCGUGAUCCGGGCCUGCAAUGAGCGGCUGGGGGCUGCUUCCCUGAGCGCCGAGCACCUGGACUGCCUGAUGGGCCUGGUGGAGCUCGCGCUCCGCGGCUAUGACAGCAGCACGCUGUCCGCGCCGCAGUGCGACCCGCUCUACAUGGAGAAGAUCCUUUUCCACGUACUGAAGAAAGUGGCUACGCGUGGUUCCCAAGCCUGGUGCCAGUUCCUGGGGGACUUGCUUUAUGACAGACUGGCCUUGGCUGCACUGACUGCUGAUCGCCUCCUGCUGGCACAGAGCUGUUUUGCGGUGCUGUGGAAUGAGCCCGCGGGGCCCGGAGGCGGCGGCGGCGGCCCUCAGCAGUCCCCCGACCGCUGGAUCGCCAACCAGCUGAAGACGCUGCGCUUCCUGCUCCUGCAGCAGCGGGACCCCCAGGCCCCCUCCAAGGUGGCCAAGCACGCCGAGGACGCCUUGACCAAGUACGCCAAGGCCCGCGGGGUCCUCGGGGAGGACGACGCCCGCCACCUGCUGGAGCAGGUCCGGCUCCACCUGUUCGGGCCUCGGCAGCGGGGGGAGGACCGGGGGGGCUGGCCCGCGCUCUGCGAGGUCUCCCUGAGCGUCUGCCGGCUCCUGGGCCAGGCGGGCCUCUGGGACCUGGCAGCGGGGCACCUGGAGCGGGACGCCGGCUGGAUGCGGGGGUCCCCCUGCCUGGCUGUGGCCCUGGACCUGGCCCGCAGAGCCGCCGAAAUCCACCGCGCCCCCGGCGGGAAGCGCGGGGCGGCGCUGACCGAGUGCGCCCGCGGCCUCCGGGCCCUGCCGCCCGAACCGGGGCACCAGGAGCGCCACGCGGUCCUGCACGGCUGCCAGCUGGUCGCCUGGGUGCUGGAGGUGGGCCAGUACGGGCCACUGGAAGGCUCGACCCUCCUGGCCUGGUUCUCCUUCCUGGAGGGAUACCAGGAGCUUUUGGAAAAGCACAUCCAGAUGUCCGCAGGGCAGCAGAUGGAACAGAAGCACUACCACACCCUGUGCUGCAUCUUGCAGCAAAGCCUCGUUGAUGCAUAUGAGAGUCUGGAGGCCUCACAGCUGGAGGAAGCGGAGUCUCUGGAGCGCGUCCUGCUCUACUGCCAGUCCGCCGCCAGCCGGCUAGUCGACGCCCUGCGGAAGCUGGCCAAUGACGGCACCUUCGCCAAGGCCGUCUCUGCGGUUAACAGCGUGGUUCGCGGGCUGCACAACCGCAAGCUGUACGAGCAGGCCUUCUCUCUGGCGGAGAUCCUGUGCCAGGAGCUUCGGAAGGACCGCCACCCGUCCCUGCCCGUGGAAAAGCUGAACCGGACCUUCAUGCUGGCCGUCCUAUGCUCCCGGAGGGCCGGCCGGCUGGAGCAAGCCCUCGACUGGGUGGGGCACUGGCUGCGGGCCCUGGGGGGCCGGGUCCUGGAUCACAUGGCCGAACCGGUGUCCCUGUGGGCCAAGAUCAAGGCCGACGCCGCCCGGGCGGGCCAGGAGGACAUGCGCCUUCGGACCCUGCGGGACGGCCUGGGGCAGGACCUCCCCGGGGAGGCGGAGGCGAUGAUGUGCCUGCUGGAGGAGGAGCUGCGGGCGUACCGAGCCGGCGGGGGCGACACGGCGCAGGAGCGCUACAACGUGCUCUGCGACCUGCUGGAGCUCUGCCCGGAGGGCGGCGCCCGCUCGCUCCGCCGCGCCGUCUACCUCUGCGACAUGGCCCAGGUGGUCUGCUUCCAGGACUUCAGCGAGCAGACGGACUGUUCGGCCGUGGACUUCACCCAGGAGGCCCUGCGGCUGCUGGAGGAGGAGCCGGAGACGACGGAGAACUCUGAUAGGCUGAAGGAUCACAAGGCGCAGGCCUUGCUGUGGUUCUACGUCUGCACCCUGGAGAGGAACUUGCAGGAGGCUAAGGAGAGGGAGCAGAGGCUGGCUGCUGCUCGGGAGCAGUCGGGAAGCCUGGAGCCCCUGGGGACCAACGACCUGGACUAUGAGGACAAGCAGAAACGGCAGGACAGCCAGCAGGUGUACGAGAGCCUGCGCUUCAACCUGAUGGCCCAGAGCAAGCAGUGCCAGUCUCUGGACCGGGCCUUGGAGCUGUGGAGGGCUCUGCUGGCUGCAGGGCCCAGGCCGGCCGUGAGGAGCAGCAAACAGACUGGCUUUUCCAUCGUGCUCAUGGCGGCCCUGUACAAGCUCAUGGGGAAGCCACUGCAGGCGCUGGAGAGUUACCAGCUGGCCGCUGGUCUCGCCCGCGGAGCCGGCGACGCCCAUAACUGCGCCAGCAGCCUGUGCCAGAGCGCGCGCCUGCUUCUGGAGCUGGGCGCCCCUGAGCUGGCACAGGUGCAGCUGGAGCAGGCGGAGCAGCUGCUGCAGCCGGGCAGUCCCGGUACAGAGGGGCCGACGCCUCUGGACGUGCAGGCUGUACUCCUGAGGGCCCAGCUCUGCCACAGCACUGGCCAGGUGGAGUCGGGCGUCUCCCUCCUGAACCAGGUGUUGGAGAAGGUGGGGGCGCACCCGAGGUCCAAGGCGUGGUACCUGCUGCGAGCGCAGGCCCUGCAGACGGUCGGCUCCUACCUGAGCCUGGACGUGUCCGCGCUGCCCCCCCACCUCCGCCAGAGGAUCGCCGAUCACGGCUUGAAGACUGCUGACACGGCUCUGGACGAGAGCAUGAAGUGGCUGUGCAGUCUGGUGGUGACCCUGCUGGGGAACGGCCUCUACGGGGCGGGGAGCGCCGGCGCCGACGCGCGCUUCGUGGAUCAAGGGGACAACGUGCUGCUGAAGUGGCAGGUGCUGUCGGAGGUGCUGAGCUGUUCGCUGGGCGUGGUGGCGGUGAGGAGCCACUGCGGUACCGUCCCCGAGGCCAAGGCUCGCUGCCUGGAGGCCCUCAAACUGGCCACCAAGCUGCAGACCCUCAGCCACUGUGCAGAGCUGUUGGUGGCGAAGGCUGAGCUGGAGCUGCAGAUGGCGGAGCUGGAGCUGAGCGGGAUGGACCUGGAGCAGGUGGAGGGCCUCCUGGACCUGUGCACCGAUUUCGGGGGCACGGAGAAGAAGGCGGGGCUCAAGAUAAAGGCGCAGAAGGGCCGGCUGCCCAAGAAGGCGUCCCUGGCCCCGGGGCCACCGUCAGAGGAGGGGGAGGAGGAGGAAGACGGCGGCGCCUUCCUCCGCACCCGGGCCUUCCCGCGCGAGCCGGCGGAGACGGGCGGGGAGUGCGGCCUGUCGGCCUCCCCGCCCCUGAGGGCCCGGCCCGAGCGCUGGCUCUCCUCGCUGGGCCACGCGGCCGGCUGCGCCUGCCCCUGCUGCGGCGAGCCGCGGCUGGGCCGCGUGGUGGUGCGCUGGGCGGCGGCCCGGGCCGAGCUCACCCGCCGCCUGCGCCGGGACGGGGCCGAGGGGCGGAGCCGCAGGCUCUUCCUCGCCGCCCUGUCCCGCGCCGCCGCCGCCAGCGCCAGGCUAGGCGCCGGGCUGGUCCGGCUGGUGGGUCCGAGCGGCGGGGGGCCGGGAGCCUGGCAGCCCUCCUUCCUGCACGACCUGACCGCCAAAAUCUACCUGCGCAUGGCGCUCUCCGGCGUGGAGCCGCAGGCGGGCGGCGGCGGCGGCGGCGGGCGCUCCUGGGAGCCGCUGGAGUCCGGCCUGGCCUUCGUGGGCUCGCGCCCCGCCCCCGAGCUGGCGCUGGUCCGCGCCGGGCUGCUGGCCGCCCAGGCCCUGGCCUCCAUCCUCGCCCUGGCCUCCAAGCAGGGCUGCCGGCCCGAGGACCUGUUCUCCCCCCGCUGGGCGUGGAACCCUCUGGCCUCGCCCAAACACAAGCCCGCGCCCUUUCCGUCGGCCAAGAAGACCAAAGAACCCAACGCGCCGGAGGCCAAGAAAGCCAGGGAACCGGCCGCCGGCGCCACCGCGGUGCCCAAGCUCAAGAUAACGUUCCCCUCCGGCAAGCUCAAAGCCGCCAAAGCCUCCCGGGCCCCCCCCAAGUCCGCCUCCACCCCUCGGGACGCGUCCCUCGCCUUCGCCUUCGACGACGAGGUGCCCCGGAUCGCCGCGUGCACCCCGGUGCCCAAGGUGCGGGCCCCGCGUCCGGCGGGGUGCGGCGGGGGGGCCGCCAAGCCGGGCCCCAAACUCCAGUUCCGGGUGUACGACGAGUCGUCCCCCUCGGUGGACGGACUGGGACCCGUGCCCGCCGCCCCCAAACGGAGCACCAGGUCCCGCUUUAAGGUGGAGUUCAGCGAGGAGAGUGACGCGGAGGCCGACGCCCCAGCGCCGGCUGGUCCGACACGCCCGCGCGCAAAAACCGCCCCCGCCCCCGCCAAGCCCAGCGCGCGCGCCCCGGCCCAAACGCCGGGAACCGCCGCCCCCGCCAAGCCCAGCGCGCGCGCCCCCGCCCCCAGAAAGCCGGGCCGGCCCAAGAAGAGCACGGCCCUCCCCGCCGACUCCGCCUCCUCCGCGGAGGACUGCGCCCCGGCUCGCUCCGCCCCCAGGAGGGGCCGGCCCCGGAAGCCCGCCGCGGGCGACGAGGAGCCGGAGAGGAUGAGGAGCAUCCGGGAGGAGGAGGCGCGGCAGGAGGAGAGGAGCCUGGAGACGAGCGUGGAGGAGCUGCGGGCGUCGGACACGGAGGAGCAGGGGGCGCAGGGUGGUCUACUGGACGUCCCGGACAAGGAUUUUGAGGUGUUAAGAAGGGAACCGGUGCCGCAUCAACCGAUGGAGGGCCUUUGGGAAAUUAGGGGUGGGGUGCCCUCUGCCCCCCUGCCCCCCCACGCGACCUACCCCAACACUGGGCCUGGUGGUCUGUCUCUGGAUGGGGUUCAGCACCUCCUGCAGGAGGCGCUGCUGUCCCUGCAGCACCUCCCCCCUCCCGGCCUGUACCCCCAGCUCUGCGGCCUCCUGGCGCUCUGUCUCGGGCAGAGCGACCCCGUCGCCACGGCGAUGCUCCACGCCCAGUCCCUGGGCCUCACCGCCCGGCACCACAUGAUCUGCCAUCUCUCCACCCGGCUGUGGAAACUGAGGAAGGCGGCGGCCCCUGAUCUGUCGGCCAGGCUGAGGGGUCUGAGUUUGGACGACCCCGUCCCGCUCUCGCCCCUGCAGCAGCGCCUCGCCCGCCUGGAGGCCAUCUUCGCCUUCCCCACCGUCGAACCCGAGGCCUUCCCACACCAGCUGGGCCACGAGUUCACACAGCAGCUCCAGCACAUCCCCCCCGGGGUGACUGUGUGCCUUCUGUCUGUGGUCAGCGGGCAGUUUGGGGAGAUGGGGGACACCGUCCUGCUGUCCCGUCUGGAAAGGGGGUCCCCCCCUAUCACCAUGCGCAUCCCCACUGCGCAGUGCGAGAGCCCUAUAAGUGCUGUGCUCCAGGAGAUGGACAGUGUGCAGAAGCAGCAGAAGGUGUUGAGCAGCGUGGCUGACAAAGCUCAGUGGUGGGAGGGACGGAGAGCGCUGGACCAGAGAAUAGAGAGGCUGAUGGAUGAGAUGAGGGACAUUUUGGGCUGCUGGCAGGGCCUACUGCUGCCCCUGACCUCUGACCCUCGGCUCUCCGCCCACGCCGAGGCCCUCCUCAGGACUCUGAGCGAGUACGGAGCGCAGACCACCGAGGAAACGCUCAAGGCUGUGCUGUCUGCUUCCCCGCUCCUCUCUCCACGAGACCUGCAGUCUCUGGCCCGCGGCCUGUGUGCGGGCAGAAUGGAGGAGUCCCUGGCUGCCCUGCAGGGGGCAGUGUCUGCCCUGAAGGACAGGACUGAGCCCCAGGGCCAUGUCGUCCUGGUGCUGGACAAGUAUCUCCAGAAGCUUCCGUGGGAGAACAUCUCGUGCCUGAGAUCCCGCACGGUCACCCGAAUGCCGUCCCUCCACUUCCUGCUGGGCCACUGUGCUCUGAAAGAGCUGGACCCGGAGUCUGUCCUGAACGGCGGUGUGGAUCCGCAGCAGGUGUACUACGUGCUCAACCCCGACGCCAAUCUGAAGGACACGGAGGAGCGCUUCAAAGAGUGGUUCACCAGUGAGUCUGCCUGGCAGGGUGUGUGUGGAACCCCUCCUUCUCCAGACCAGCUCCAAGAGGCCGUUGCCACCAAGGAUCUCUACAUCUACCUGGGCCACGGGGCCGGGGCGCGGUUCCUGGACCGGCGCAGGCUGCUCAGCCAGGAGCUCCGUGCUGCCGCCCUGCUGUUCGGAUGCAGCAGCGCGGCCCUGGCCGUCCGUGGCGAGCUGGAGGGGGCCGGCGUGAUACUCAACUACCUCAUGGCUGGGUGCCCGCUGGUGGUGGGGAACCUGUGGGACGUGACGGACCGGGACAUCGACCGCUUCACCACGACCCUCCUGCAGUGCUGGCUCUCCGCGGGACGGGGGGCGGCUCUCCUGGACCACAUGGCCCCGUCCCGCCAGGCCACGUACCUCAAGCACCUGAUCGGGGCGGCGCCCGUGGUGUACGGCCUGCCCGUCUCUCUGAGAUAGGGGAGUGGCCUCGCUCCGAAUCCUCCACCCCCCCCUCCCCCAACAGUUUCAGUGAUUUCUCUCUCGAUCACAUCGUCCUUCAUGUGUCUGUAAAUCAGAGUUUAUCUCAUUGCAAAUGAUGCCUGGUCUACAUAUUAGUGGCAUUUGCUAAAAAGCCAAAGGGAGGCGUUUAACGUUCAUAUUAACAGUGUGGCAAGCAAUAUAGGUUUUAUUUUUUGACCACGGAUGGGAAAAUAAUUUUGGGUCACACUGUCUUCCCUUAAUUGUGUAUACUUUUUUACUUUAUUCUGAUUUUACCAAAUCUAUUUUAUCAUUCAGUUCCUCUUCCAGAAGAGAUGGAAUUAAUACUUGGAAUAUGUAUUUCGUAAAUAAGUUUUAUUUUUUGUUGAUGUAACUUUUAUUUGCCUUUUUAAAACACCAUAUAGUCCUGGUGGCUUCAAUUCAUUUUUAAAUGGACUGAGACUUUCUUUAAUUGCAUGCAUUUUGAAAUGUACAUUAAUGUAUUAAUAAACUCUUGUAUUAAAUACCUAAGUGCAAUGAU